AUGCUAGCGUUGCUCCCUCUCAGUUCUAUGUGCCAGCUUCCCAUUCCAGUCUGCUCCCUCCCCCUCGGAAGGCGCUUCCAGCGACUUUCUUGCCCUCACCAAGACCUGUAUCACACCAGACAACUCCGCUACUCCUGCUACCCUCUCGUCCUCCUACUCCUUCUCCCACACCCCCGGCCAUCUGGCCGCGUUGGUGGGUCCCUGGGAAGUUUCCUAGAUGAGCUAAACACCCUGCUCAGCUCCUUCCCUGAGGACGGAAGGACCCAAACGCCGGACGGAACGGAAGCCGGACGAGGUCCGGGCGCAGGAACGGAAGCCGGAGGGGAGCCGGGCGCAGGAACGAAAGCCGGAGGGGAGCCGGGCGCAGGAACGAAAGCCGGAGGGGAGCCGGGCGCAGGAACGGAAGCAGGAGGGGAGCCGGGCGCAGGAACGGAAGCAGGAGGGGAGCCGGGCGCAGGAACCGAAGCCGGAGGGGAGCCGGGCGCAGGAACCGAAGCCGGAGGGGAGCCGGGCGCAGGAACCGAAGCCGGAGGGGAGCCGGGCGCAGGAACCGAAGCCGGAGGGGAGCCGGGCGCAGGAACCGAAGCCGGAGGGGAGCCGGGCGCAGGAACCGAAGCCGGAGGGGAGCCGGGCGCAGGAACCGAAGCCGGAGGGGAGCCGGGCGCAGGAACCGAAGCCGGAGGGGAGCCGGGCGCAGGAACCGAAGCCGGAGGGGAGCCGGGCGCAGGAACCGAAGCCGGAGGGGAGCCGGGCGCAGGAACCGAAGCCGGAGGGGAGCCGGGCGCAACAGAACAGGACUGGACUAGACAAGACAGGAGCGGACUCAAGACUGACACGACACUGGACUGGACUCACAGACACUGAACGGACUAACACACUACACUGAAACGGAUUAAGACACUACACUGGAACGGGCUGACACAGACAAGGACCAGACUGACACAGGCCAGGAACAGACUGACAGAGGCAGGGAACAGAACUGAACACGGACAGAACACUAAACUGAACAAAAACAGAAACCAGACUCAGCAUAGACACCUGACAAAAAACACUGAACGGACAGACACGGACCUAUGAACAAGACGAGGAGACUUAACAAUGGGACAGACAGAGUGACAAGCAGGCGGGGAGGCUCACAGCUAGACCAAGCAGGCAGCUCCAGCGGGACGGCAGACCGAGCAGGCAGCUCCUGCGGAACAGAAGGCUUCUCCUGGGUGCGGGGCGGAGCAGGCAGACCACCAGUCGCUAGGCGGAGCCGAGCUGGAGCACUGGGGAAGACAACGCAGGUUCGGACUGGGAGGAGCUGGGUCGCAGGAACAGGACCGGGUGCCAGCGCCGGUCUUAAAGGGGUAGGCGCAGGUCGGGUAACAGCACGGAGCUGGCGCAGGACUACUGGACUGGACUGGGAGGCCGGCGAAUGGCGGGCUGGAACUGGCUGGAAAUCAGCUGUGAUCGGGAGAUCGCUGGAGCUGUCAACGCGGGCACGUCUACUCUGCAGGGAGAGAACAAAGAUCGUACGAACAAAGACAAGAUACACGAGGCUAAACAGAAAACAUGGGGAACAAGGAGUAUGAAAUGAAAGUGUGUGUCAUAUUUUUAAAUGGAAGUGUUUUUAAUGGGCUAUUGUAAACAACAGACAUACUAAUCGUUUGUAUGUCGGUAGAGGAUCUAUAGGGCUAGCUAACAUUAUUUUAGAAAGGUGGUGUUGCAGGGUAGGUACAGUAGCCCAGUUAAGAAGUAGUUAUCAGUACAGGUGCAGCGAUGAAUGCUGCCCUCCCCCCUC